CGACCAAAUAGGCGAUAGCGGGACGUGACAGAUAAAGUGGUAUCAGAGCAAGUGAUAGUGAAAGUCUAGGAUGACCUAGGGGACUUAGGAAUGGAAACCUAGGGACUAGGAACGCGAGUGGCGUGAAUCUAAUGAUAGCGAAAGCUGAAUGAAUUGGGAGAAAUGCCACCGCGACGUGCGACGAGAUCCACUCCGGCAUCACCUUCUGAGGUGCCAGAGCAGUCUGGGUCUGAUGAGGUUCAGGAGUUGCGUGCUCAGGUGAGCGCGUUAGUCGGAGCUAUACAGAGACAGGAGGAAAAUAUGAAAAAGCUACAGAAUUUGGUGUCGCAACAGGCGACGACAACAGCUUCUGGGAGUCAGGAUGUACCUAUCCCGGAUUCGCCAGUGGUAGUGCCCCCUCCUCCAGUUGUUAUUCCUCCUGUGGUCUCUGGGCCUUCUAGUUCUGAUUCGGCCGCGACAAAGGCCGAGCACGAGCGAUCCUUAUCAGUACUGACGGCGUUCAUGCGGUUUAAUCCGCCGAUGUUUGACGGGAAAGAAGCCGAUCCUUGGGUAUUAGAGACGUGGUUCACAUCGAUGGAAGCCUUGUUUGAGGAUAUAUAUACCCUGGAAAAGGAUAAGGUUCAUUUAGCAGCGCACUGUUUUGAGAAGGAUGCCCAGAUCUGGUGGCAAAAGGCCAAGAAAAGCCGAGGUCUAAACACUUCAUCGAUUACCUGGGAGGAGUUUAGAGAGAUCGUAUUCAUGGAGUACUUCCCAGAUAGCGAUAGAAGAAAGAUGAAGGAAGAUUUUAGGAAGUUGAGACAGGGGAACCGUUCGGUACGGGAGUACGAACGGGAGUUCACUCAUUUGGUGAACUGUGUACCCGGGAUGGUGCAUACCGAUCGAGAUAGAGCAGAUUACUUCGAGCGGGGGUUACGGCCUGAAAUAUUUAAGAUAAUUAGUGCUCUAAAGUUAAAGACAUUUGAGGAGGUUCUGGAUCGAGCGCUUUGGGUGGAGCGCGGAAAUGCGAUUGCGCGUGAGGAACGCGAAUCGUUUGAAAGAGAACGAGAAAGGGAAAAGGGAAAGAAAAGGACCACUAGUGGUGCCGGGGGACAGUCGAGCUCUAAACGGCCCCCUCGGUAUCCACGUUCCCAGUCGAGGUAUCAGGGACCCCCGGGAUGUGUGAUUUGCGGCGGGAAUCAUCAAGCGGUAGCUUGUUCACAAAAGGACGGUAAAUGUUUUAAGUGUGGACAGCCGGGACACAUUAGUCGUGAUUGCCCGAGAGGAGCAUCAUCUGCUCAGCCUACAGCUUCAGUUCAGUCGCCUGCGAGGCAGCGUGCGGGUCCCCCACCCGCUAUGUCAGCUGGACAUACUUUUGUGCCGCGUCAGUACGAGCCACCCCGACCUGCACCGAGUGGUCGUGUCUUUGCAGCUCAGGUUGAGGAUCCUGCCGUGGUCGACGAUGUCGUGGCAGGUAUUGUUUUACUUUAUAGUACUAGAUCGCGUAUAUUAUUGACACUGGUGCAUUGCAUUCAUUCAUUAGUAGCUCAUUUGCUAGAACGCAUGACAUUGAGAAGUCGGAUGAUAUUCCGAUGGGUUGCGUAA